AUGUCAACUUCAAUGGGGUAACGUCAGAGUUGUGACGUCCCAAGGAUCCCAGAUAGCAAGGACUGAUGUGCAAAUUUGACAGGAAGUGAGCAGUUCAAGAGCUAGUCGCGAGAACAUUGAGGUAUAAUAAGAAGCCACGUCAUGAAAACUUGACUGAGGAACACAACGUUCGUGAAUAAUUGUUGUCAUCGAAAGGGAGUUAUAACACAAGGGAUAUCGCCAGUCGCCACAGGACUUCGGGUCUGUUAAUUUGCCUUUAGGCAAUUAUUUGACUGUGGUCGUUUUGCCAAGAUCGUAUGGAAAGAUGUCAGAUAUCGGGGACUGGUUCAAAAGCAUCCCGUUCAUCACCCGGUACUGGUUUGCUGGGUCGAUUGCUGUUCCCUUGAUAGGUAAAUUGGGACUAAUCAGUCCCAUGUACCUCGUCUUAUGGCCAGAGAACUUCUUUCACAAAUUUCAGGUACGUUAUGGGCAGUGGGUUUGUUUAUGUGCGCUACAAUUCGCUGUGUUGCUAUGAUAGCCUAGCAUCAAGGCUAGUAGGCCUUGGAUUGUACGAGGGGUGUGAAUUCAGUCCAAUCACAAAACAAAGAGGUAGGACUUCCGGGAUGCAUGAAGACGCUAGUUCGAUGAUAGGAUAGCAGCAAUUUCAAUAGCAAAUAUGUACAAAUUAACUACAAGGUUAUUUCGAAAGGUUUGGUGAAUAUCUCACAAAUAUAUGGUGAUAUUCCUGCAUUUGUUAUAGGUUUGGUCGUGAGGUCAAUACAAUUCCACCAGGUGGUGCUAUCCCAUCCACCUUUGGACAGCCUCAUCAUAACUGGCACCUCCCACAUUACAUACAGUAGUCAUCAUGACUCAAGCAAGCAAGGGUUUCAUCAUCAUCGUCUUCUGACAGGUGGUGUCACUAGAUGUCACUAGACCCUUCUUUUGUUACUGGACCCCAGCUGUCAGGCACACACACCACAAACACACACAUUUACAUUUUAGUCAUUUAGCAGACGCUCUUAUCCAGAGCGACUUACAGUUAGUGAGUGCAUACAUUUUCAUACAGGACAUUUCACAUUCUUAAAAUAAAGUGGUGAUCCUAAAUGACCUAAAACAGGGAAUUUUUACUCUGAUUAAAUGUCAGGAAUUGUGAAAAGCUGAGUUUAAAUGUAUUUGGCUAAGGUGUAUGUAAACUUCCGACUUCAACUAUAUUUAGCCAUGGAGCACGUUCUGAUUGGCCAGUGAGGGGUCAAGCCUUGACACACCUUUAACUUGUUUAUUCAAGUUGACGGUAGUGGUGGCACAGUAGCCACCACCAGCUACUGCGCCCAUAAUUCUGGUUGUGAAAAUAGCAAAAAUAUUUCUGACACACCCGUGAAUCUAUAGCGCUAACGCCAGCGCUUACAACUUGACCAAACUGGCCCCAUUGUGCACAUGUUGAUUUUGUCUAUCCCACACAAACCACAAACCCACACACACCACAAACACAUCCAGGGUGGACAGUUUCAGUUCUCGGCCCUGACAGCUCAGCUGACUACUGGUUAUGCUAAUCGCUACAUCUCGGUUUGUGGUUGUGCGUGGUAAUGUUUAACAUUAUAUUCAUCUUUUCACUAUUAUGGCUGUACGUUGGUUAUGCAGGUAAGAAUGAGGACAUGUAGCUUAUCAUAUAUUCCUUACAGUUUAUUAGCUAUCUAAAUUAUUUAAAAUGUAUUUAUUUAGCUAGCACCGUUCAGAUAUCUACAAUGUAGCUAACUAGCCUACAUUUAGCUUGUACCUAAAAGGCUAAACAAAUUUGACGCCACAGUGAUGUUUUCAUUCAUAUGUGUGGAUUUAUUGCACUUCGGCUGACAUUUUUAUGUUCUCAGAGAGCAAAAUUGCUGUCAAGGGACCGAGUAUGAAAAAUGUAUGCACUCACUAACUGUAAGUCGCUCUGGAUAAGAGCGUCUGCUAAAUGACUAAAAUGUAAAUGUAAUGUAAAAUGUUAUCUUGUGAGGGCAGAGCAGGUUUCCAUUGGCGAGGCCACAGCUGGCACACCUGUGCUGGGCUGUUGUUCCAUUGGGUUUUUGUGGAGAGAAAGAAAUCAGUGCAGUGCCCCAACCCAGUCAGCUGUUCAUAUGGCCCAGGGUGUAUGUUUUAGGGUUGUCAACAAAACAUGAAGCAGACUUCAUUUCUUGAGAAAAAAACAUUCUAAAGUUGCAAACACACAGCCUUAUGUUGUCAGCAGUCACAUUCGUUUUUUCUCCAAACUAGGCCUGUAUCACACAAUAUGUUACAUACAGGCAGGUUUUAAAGGACAAUAUGUUACAUAUAUGCAGGUUUUAAAUGACCAUAGAGUUUAGCCUGCUUUGUGUUUUCGUGGUAUCACAAUACUGGUAUGGUAUCCUGAAUACCCUAGUGUGUUUGCAUUAAAAGGAAAGCAUGCCCAAUGCCAAGAAGCUUUUCAUAAACCUGUGAAUGUGGCAGUUGAGUACAUCAUUUUGCCCUGGCACCCACCCCCACCAGACUGUAGCCUAAAUGCUAACUGACUGUAGCCUAAAUGCUAACAGACUGUAGCCUAAAUGCUAACAGACUGUAGCCUAAAUGCUAACAGACUGUAGCCUAAAUGCUAACAGACUGUAGCCUAAAUGCUAACAGACUGUAGCCUAAAUGCUAACAGACUGUAGCCUCUGUGAGUGGUUGGUAAUAAUGUCCAAUAUGUUUCUCGCUCUCUACAGGUAUGGAGACCAAUCACCUCCACCCUCUACUUCCCUGUGGGCCCUGGAACAGGCUUCCUCUACCUAGUCAAUCUGUAUUUCCUCUACCAGUACUCUACCAGGCUGGAGACAGGUGGGUUCACACAGUCCUCUAGCAGGGUUCUGUUCAGGAGCAUGUAACGUUACAGAACGUUAAAAUAGAAGCGCCCAUGUAGAAUAUGGAAUUGUCAUAGAAAUAGAAUGAAUAGAUUUUAUAAUCUGCAACAACAUUCAGAAUGUUUCACAUCACUGAAUAGUCCUACACCCCAGCGGAGACAGGUGGGUUCACGCCAGGUCACAGAGGCUGGAGACAGGUGGGUUCACGCCAGGUCACAGAGGCUGGAGACAGGUGGGUUCACGCCAGGUCACAGAGGCUAGCUAGGCUGACAGUCUGCCAGCUCUCAUUUACAGUUGUUGUAAAUAAUACAUGUUGAGCCUGUCAUCUGGAAGAGGCCCUGCCAUCAUGCACCAAACUAUGAGCAGCCCAAUAGAGAUCACUUGUUGUUUUAUACACUACCGGUCAAAAGUUUUACAACACCUACUCAUUCAAAGGUUUUCUUUAUUUGUACUAUUUUCUACAUUGUAGAAUAAUAGUGAAGACAUCAAAACUAUGAAAUAACACAUGAAUCAUGUAGGAACCAUAAAAGUGUUAAACAAAUCAAAAUAUAUUUUAUAUUUGAGAUUCUUCAAAUAGCCACCCUUUGCCUUGAUGACAGCUUUGCACACUCUUGGCAUUCUCUCAACCAGCUUCACCUGGAAUGCUUUUCCAACAGUCUUGAAGGAGUUCCCACAUAUGCUGAGCACUUGUUGGCUGCUUUUCCUUCACUCUGCGGUACGACCAUCGCAAUUUGGUUGAGGUUGGGGGAUUGUGGAGGCCAGGUCAUCUGAUGCAGCACUCCAUCACGUUGGGUCAUUGUCCUGUUGAAAAACUAAAGAUAGUCCCACUAAGCCCAAACCAGAUGGGAUGGCGUAUUGCUGCAGAAUGCUGUGGUAGCCAUGCUGGUUAAGUGUGAAUUGAAUUCUAAAUAAAUCACAGACGGUGUCACCAGCAAAGCACCCCCACACCAUAACACCACCUCCUCCAUGCUUUACGGUGGGAAAUACACAUGCAGAGAUUAUCCGUUCACCCACACCGCGUCUCACAAAGACACGGCGGUUGGAACCAAAAAUCUCCAAUUUGGACUCCAAACCAAAGGACACAUUUCCACCUGUCUAUUGUCCAUUGCUCGUGUUUCUUGGCCCAAGCAAUUCUCUUCUUAUUAUUGGUGACCUUUAGUAAUGGUUUCUUUGCAGCAAUUCGACCAUGAAGGCCUGAGUCACACAGUCACCUCUAAACAGUUGAUGUUGAGAUGUGUCUGUUACUUGAACUCUGUGAAGCAUUUAUUUGGGCUGCAAUUUCUGAGGCUGGUAACUCUAAUGAACUUAUCCUCUGCAGCAGAGGUAACUCUGGGUCUUCCAUUUCUGUGGCGGUCCUCAUGAGAGCCAGUUUCAUCAUAGCGCUUAAUGGUUUUUGCGAGUGUUCUUGAAGGAACUUUCAAAGUUCUUGACAUUUUCCGUAUUGACUGACUUUCUUGUCUUAAAGUAAUGAUGGACUGUCGUUUCUCUUUGCUUAUUUGAGCUGUUGCCAUAAUAUGGACUUGGUCUUUUACCAAAUAGGGCUGUCUUCUGUAUACCCCCCUACCUUGUCACAACACAAAUGAUUGGCUCAAACGCAUUAAGAAAUAAAUCAAUUCCACAAAUUAACUUUUUUAAGAAGGCACAGCUGUUAAUUGAAAUGCAUUCCAGGUGACUACCUCAUGAAGCUGGUUGAGAGAAUGCCAAGAGUGUACAAAGCUGUCAUCAAGGCAAAGGGUGGCUAUUUGAAGAAUCUCAAAUAUAAAAUAUAUUUUGAUUUGUUUAACACUUUUCUGUUUACAUGAUUCCAUAUGUGUUAUUUCAUAGUUUUGAUGUCUUCACUAUUAUUCUACAAUGUAGAAAAACCCUUGAAUGAGUAAAACUUUUGACCGGUAGUGUAUAUAAAUGUAUUUUGGCUAGAAAGAGGUGAACGGUAGAGGUGAACGGUAGGAGAGAGAAUGCUUAAAGAGCAGUGGGCUGGAUUGGAACCUGACAGCGGAACAUAGUACAUGUGGUCCAGAGGCAGAGGCUUAGAACGAUAGACCACCACAUUCACUUAUUAUCCUUAGUCAGACGCCAUUAUAGAUCUUAUUUAUUACACAACAUUAGGACUGUUGGAGUUAGGAGGAAGCAGACAAUGUCAUUCAGUACACAUUGAGCUUUUUAAAAUCUUGUGAUCAUGGUGUUAGAAUAUGAUUAAAUAAAGAAUUGCUACGGUUAAAUAAAUAAUUGCGGUGUUAGGUCUGUAUGUACAGUCUCAAUUUCAAUUCAAAGGGGCUUUAUUGGCAUGGGAAACAUGUUUACAUUGCCAAAGCAAGUGAAAUAAACAAACAAAAGUGCUUAUCUCUCUCUCUCUCUCUCUCUCUGUCUCGCUCUCUCCUCUCUCGCUCUCUCUCGCUCUCCUCUCUCGCUCUCCUCUCUCGCUCUCCUCUCUCGCUCUCCUCUCUCUCUCUCUCGCUCUCCCCUCUCUCCUCUCUCUCGCUCUCUCGCUCUCCUCUCUCUCUCGCUCUCCUCUCUCGCUCUCCUCUCGCUCUCCUCUCUCGCUCUCCUCCUCUCUCUCUCCUCUCGCUCUCCUCUCUCUCUCCUCUCCUCUCUCUCUCCUCUCUCGCUCUCUCUCUCGCUCUCCUCUCGCUCUCUCUCUCUCUCUCUCGCUCUCGCCUCUCCUCUCUCGCUCUCCUCUCUCUCUCGCUCUCUCUCCUCUCUCUCGCUCUCUCCUCUCUCUCGCUCUCCUCUCUCUCUCUCGCUCUCUCCUCUCUCGCUCUCCUCUCUCGCUCUCUCGCUCUCUCCUCUCUCGCUCUCUCUCUCUCUCCUCUCUCGCUCUCCUCUCUCCUCUCUCCUCUCUCUCUCAUAUAUCUCAUCUCUUCCAGGGGCGUUUGAUGGGCGGCCGGCUGACUUUGUGUUCAUGCUGCUAUUCAACUGGAUCUGCAUCGUUGUAUCCUUUAUCUGCUUAUCAAUAUGAGGCCUUCAUCUUUUAUGCAGCUGACAAGUUUAUCAGUCAUAGGAAAUGAAUGAUGUCAAUUAGCCAUACAUUUAACUUAUCAUCACUGUCUGGUGAAAACCUCUUAUCUUCCAAACAGAAACUUUUCAGGAAUUGGAAAUAAUUACCAUAUUUUCCCAUUAAGGAACAUACCAUUAUGAACAUUUAGAAGAUAUUUUGAAAACAUUUUUUGUGUCCUUGAGUCAUGAAAUGUACAGAGAACAUUGAGGGAAGUUACUGCUUUAAACUAAUGUAAAAAAUAUAUAUAUAUUUGCAAAAUUGGAGUUAGAAGGUUUUCGUCAGACAGCGACGUUAUGCUGUUUUGUCAACUGUUAGAGGUAAUAGUGUUUCAUGUUUUUUCCUCCUGAGUCUAGGCCUUAUUAUAGGGUGUGUUAUUAGAGCUGCCCCCUGCCUGUUAAGCUGCCUAGCAACAGUUCAGCCCCUUUCCAGUGGUCUAGCUACAAUCUCUUUCUCUGUACAGCCAUGUGGUACAGCCAAACCAGUCUCUGUUUCCCUGUACAGCCAAACCAGUCUCUGUUUCCCUGUACAGCCAAACCAGUCUCUGUUUCCCUGUACAGCCAAACCAGUCUCUGUUUCCCUGUACAGCCAAACCAGUCUCUGUUUCUCUGUACAGCCAAACCAGUCUCUGUUUCCCUGUACAGCCAAACCAGUGUCUGUUUCCCUGUACAGCCAAACCAGUCUCUGUUUCCCUGUACAGCCAAACCAGUCUCUGUUUCCCUGUACAGCCAAACCAGUCUCUGUUUCCCUGUACAGCCAAACCAGUCUCUGUUUCCCUGUACAGCCAAACCAGUCUCUGUUUCCCUGUACAGCCAAACCAGUCUCUGUUUCCCUGUACAGCCAAACCAGUCUCUGUUUCCCUGUACAGCCAAACCAGUCUCUGUUUCCCUGUACAGCCAAACCAGUCUCUGUUUCCCUGUACAGCCAAACCAGUCUCUGUUUCCCUGUACAGCCAAACCAGUCUCUGUUUCCCUGUACAGCCAAACCAGUCUCUGUUUCCCUGUACAGCCAAACCAGUCUCUGUUUCCCUGUACAGCCAAACCAGUCUCUGUUUCCCUGUACAGCCAAACCAGUCUCUGUUUCCCUGUACAGCCAAACCAGUCUCUGUUUCCCUGUACAGCCAAACCAGUCUCUGUUUCCCUGUACAGCCAAACCAGUCUCUGUUUCCCUGUACAGCCAAACCAGUCUCUGUUUCCCUGUACAGCCAAACCAGUCUCUGUUUCCCUGUACAGCCAAACCAGUCUCUGUUUCCCUGUACAGCCAAACCAGUCUCUGUUUCCCUGUACAGCCAAACCAGUCUCUGUUUCCCUGUACAGCCAAACCAGUCUCUGUUUCCCUGUACAGCCAAACCAGUCUCUGUUUCCCUGUACAGCCAAACCAGUCUCUGUUUCCCUGUACAGCCAAACCAGUCUCUGUUUCCCUGUACAGCCAAACCAGUCUCUGUUUCCCUGUACAGCCAAACCAGUCUCUGUUUCCCUGUACAGCCAAACCAGUCUCUGUUUCCCUGUACAGCCAAACCAGUCUCUGUUUCCCUGUACAGCCAAACCAGUCUCUGUUUCCCUGUACAGCCAAACCAGUCUCUGUUUCCCUGUACAGCCAAACCAGUCUCUGUUUCCCUGUACAGCCAAACCAGUCUCUGUUUCCCUGUACAGCCAAACCAGUCUCUGUUUCCCUGUACAGCCAAACCAGUCUCUGUUUCCCUGUACAGCCAAAACCAGUCUCUGUUCCCUGUACAGCCAAACCAGUCUCUGUUCCAGUACAGCCAAACCAGUCUCUGUUUCCCUGUACAGCCAAACCAGUCUCUGUUUCCCUGUACAGCCAAACCAGUCUCUGUUUCCCUGUACAGCCAAACCAGUCUCUGUUUCCCUGUACAGCCAAACCAGUCUCUGUUUCCCUGUACAGCCAAACCAGUCUCUGUUUCCCUGUACAGCCAAACCCCCUGUCUGCUGGUAGCCUAGCUACGGUCUCUGUACAGCCAUGUGGUUAAUCCAGGUCACAUGGAGGGACAACACUGCUCACAUGAAAGAUCUGGUUCAAAUACAGAUGCUGCCUCAGUGACUGUGUUGUGGUUAAAGAACCUCAGUACAGCUGGAAUGGAUCAUUAGGCUCCUCUAUGCUCCGUGACAGAACAUCCACAAUAGUUCUGUUGUCAAGUCAUCUGUUCCACUGCUUCUCCUUUUGGGCAACUAAACGGGAAAUGAAGGUCAGGGUAUGUGGCCUGUUUUAUAUAUAACUAGAUGAAACAGUUAAUUCAACAUCUGUAAAAUAAUUGAUCCUGACAGGAGGGAUACAGGUUUCCUUAACUGCUUGUGUAGAUAACUGGGUUAAUGAUGGAUAUGCAGGUAAGUGUCUUCCUCCUGUUUUCUCUCUGUCCCUAGAUUAGAAGAAAUAAGACCUGUUGCCUUUUUCGUUUACCACAACGUUCCAAGACAAAUAGUCAAAAUCAUGCUUUAAAGGCUAAGUCAGCCAAACCCUACUGUACCUAUCAAUGAUAGGCAAGGUCUUAUUAGCUUGAUAUAUAGGGACAUGGAAAAUCCACUCUAACUCUUUUUUUGUCUUUAAUCUUUAGAACAUAAUGUAAACUAGGUUCAUUAAGAAGGUCAGAUGAUCAGACUGGUCUAGUUUAUGAUGAUGGGGAGUUACUCUCAGAUGAUCAGACUGGUCUAGUUUAUCAUGAUGGGGAGUUGCUGUCAGAUGAUCAGACUGGUCUAGUUUAUCAUGAUGGGGAGUUACUCUCAGAUGAUCAGACUGGUCUAGUUUAUCAUGAUGGGGAGUUGCUGUCAGAUGAUCAGACUGGUCUAGUUUAUCAUGAUGGGGAGUUACUCUCAGAUGAUCAGACUGGUCUAGUUUAUCAUGAUGGGGAGUUGCUGUCAGAUGAUCAGACUGGUCUAGUUUAUCAUGAUGGGGAGUUGCUGUCAGAUGAUCAGACUGGUCUAGUUUAUCAUGAUGGGGAGUUGCUGUCAGAUGAUCAGACUGGUCUAGUUUAUCAUGAUGGGGAGUUACUCUCAGAUGAUCAGACUGGUCUAGUUUAUCAUGAUGGGGAGUUGCUGUCAGAUGAUCAGACUGGUCUAGUUUAUCAUGAUGGGGAGUUACUCUCAGAUGAUCAGACUGGUCUAGUUUAUCAUGAUGGGGAGUUGCUGUCAGGUGAUCAGACUGGUCUAGUUUAUCAUGAUGGGGAGUUGCUGUCAGAUGAUCAGACUGGUCUAGUCUAUCAUGAUGGGGAGUUGCUGUCAGAUGAUCAGACUGGUCUAGUUUAUCAUGAUGGGGAGUUGCUGUCAGAUGAUCAGACUGGUCUAGUUUAUCAUGAUGGGGAGUUGCUGUCAGAUGAUCAGACUGGUCUAGUUUAUCAUGAUGGGGAGUUGCUGUCAGAUGAUCAGACUGGUCUAGUUUAUCAUGAUGGGGAGUUGCUGUCAGGUGAUCAGACUGGUCUAGUUUAUCAUGAUGGGGAGUUGCUGUCAGAUGAUCAGACUGGUCUAGUUUAUCAUGAUGGGGAGUUGCUGUCAGAUGAUCAGACUGGUCUAGUUUAUCAUGAUGGGGAGUUGCUGUCAGAUGAUCAGACUGGUCUAGUUAUCAUGAUGGGGAGUUGCUGUCAGAUGAUCAGACUGGUCUAGUUUAUCAUGAUGGGGAGUUGCUGUCAGAUGAUCAGACUGGUCUAGUUUAUCAUGAUGGGGAGUUGCUGUCAGAUGAUCAGACUGGUCUAGUUUAUCAUGAUGGGGAGUUGCUGUCAGAUGAUCAGACUGGUCUAGUUUAUCAUGAUGGGGAGUUGCUGUCAGAUGAUCAGACUGGUCUAGUCUGCUGUAUCUUGUUUCACAGCGGGGCCGACACUCGGUGUGUGUCCCAAAUGGCACCCUAUUCCCUUUAUAGUGCACUCUGGUCAAAAGUAGUGCACUAUAUAGGGAAUAGGGUGCCAUUUGGGACUGCCUCAGACAGCUAAGAGGCUAGUCGUCCUGCCUCGGUGCUACUGACCAUACAUCUACCAGAGGUCAUCACAACCACUGUCAUUUAGUUUAAACAAACUGGACACCUCCGUGGUCACCAUGACACAAUAACAAUUAUGCCAUCUAAAGCUUCAGUGCUAAGGUAUCUCUGCUGCCUGUGUCGCUGCAGCCUCUUGGUCAGUUGGUUUGUAAAAGAGGAUGUAUCUAUAACCUACAUCAGGGUUCUUCAAUUCCAGUCCUGGAGGGCCGAAACACCUCUGUUUUUCAUCCUCUCCUUCUAAUCAGGGGCUAAUUCAGACCUGGGACACCAGGUGAGUGCAAUUAACUACCAGGUAGAAAUAAAAAAACAGAAGUGUUUCGGCCCUCCAGGACCGGAAUUGAAGAACCCUGCUCUACAUGAUUAGAUAAAGCUAAUACAUUGUUUAGGGGUUUUUUGGUCCACCUCUUCUUAUGAAAUAACUGAUUUGAGAACUACUACUAAAAUAUGCAAAUCUUGUUGUGUUUUCCAGCUCCUGAUGAUCCCGUUGAUAAUGUCUGUCCUGUACGUGUGGGCUCAGCUGAACAGAGAAACAAUAGUCUCCUUCUGGUUCGGAACACGCUUCAAAGCAUGUUAUCUACCCUGGGUCAUCCUUGGAUUCAACUACAUCAUUGGGGGCUCGUAAGUAGUUCCAUUAUUUUUGUCAACAAUUCAACAUGAUUAUAACAACAAUUACAUUUUCAACAGAAAUGUCAAAGUCGAUAGUAAAAUCCUGAAUGUCUUGGUUGUCUACUCUCAUCUCCAGUGUUGUCAAUGAACUGAUUGGGAACCUGGUGGGUCACCUCUACUUCUUCCUGAUGUUUAAAUACCCCAUGGACCUGGGAGGCAGGUCCUUCCUCUCAACACCUGACUUCCUGUGAGUUCCUCUGCUACUCUACCUGUCUGGUGUCCCAAUCAUGUGUUGCUUUAAUCCUGAAGCAACAUGACUGGUAGAAAUGUCAUGAAUAGAGCUCAGAGAUGCAUAAUGCAUGUUUGUUCUACACAAUAUAUUUAUAUGUAAACAUUCCUGCUGAACACAGCCCUGUUGUCCUCUGUGAUUCCUGCUGAACACAGCCCUGUUGUCCUCUGUGAUUCCUGCUGAACACAGCCCUGUUAUCCUCUGUGAUUCCUGCUGAACACAGCCCUGUUGUCCUCUGUGAUUCCUGCUGAACACAGCCCUGUUGUCCUCUGUGAUUCCUGCUGAACACAGCCCUGUUGUCCUCUGUGAUUCCUGCUGAACACAGCCCUGUUGUCCUCUGUGAUUCCUGCUGAACACAGCCCUGUUGUCCUCUGUGAUUCCUGCUGAACACAGCCCUGUUGUCCUCUGUGAUUCCUGCUGAACACAGCCCUGUUGUCCUCUGUGAUUCCUUACUCUACAUUUCAGAGAUGCAUGUCUGUUUUAAUACAGUAUGGGGUCCUCUCUCUCGUCUACAGGUACCGCUUCCUGCCCAACAGACGAGGGGGCGUGUCUGGGUUUGGAGCUCCGCCCAGCAGGAGACCUGCAGCUCCAGAGGCCGGAGGUGGUGGUGGUGGUGGUGGUGGUGGAGGAGGUAUGGGAGGACGUCAUGCCUGGGGAGCUGGCUUCCGUCUAGGGGACGACUGA